AUUCUAUAAAAAAAACAUCUAAAUAUCUUAAAAAAUGAGUGCCCCGCGUCGUAAAGGGCCCGUAUUUGACCCGGGCCUCUGUCGCUGCUGCGGCUCCAUCAAGAAAUGUCGUCUGUUGAACGUCGAGUACGAAUUUCACGGACAAAAAGAAGUGUACGCUGAUAUGUUUAUGGACUGUUUUGGAUUAAUGCUGUCCCAUCUAGAUGGGACAGUGGAGACAGAGCGGCUCAUCUGUGCAACAUGUGUGGGCCGGCUGCGGGACGCUAGCGCCUUCCGCAAGCAGGUGCUGUUCUGCGAGGACAGGUUGCUACAGGCCUCUAUACAUGUUCACCAACCCAGUGAUACGAAGGUCGAAAUAGAUCUGAAGCCAGGAGAGGUGAAGGUAGAGGUGGAGCCAGCAGAAGACCCUCCGGAUCCCAACAUGGAGUCGGAGCCAGUCGAUGAUGAGUUGGAUGCAGAUGUUGGUGAUGAUCACUUAUCGGACAUAGACAUCAAAGAAGAAGUCGUUAAGCCCCGUAAAGGUAAGAGAAAGAAGGCGAGUGAGCGAGAGGUGCAGAAGCGGUUCCGCUCUCUCGGCAACAAGCUACGCAGCUUGCUAGAGCAGGACGGACCGUGUACUUACGGUACGUAG